CAUCCGCCCUCUCCUGCAGGACACGGAAGUGGAGCUGGAGCAGCAGCAGCAGCAGCAGCAGCACAUGUGCACCCAAUGGACACUAUAUUAGUGUCAAUCAGUGGCUGAGCAGCUUGAGAGGAGGAAUAUUUCCACCAACUGUGCCAACACUGCACCUAACAAUGCAAAAAUUGACUGGGAAAUGAGUCAUGUGUCAGAAAUAGCUGACAACUUCCGCAUCACAGCAAAGAGCAGAGCAGUGACAUUGGAUUAAGACACGGUACACCACAUCCUCCUCCGCCAACCACCUUACUGCUAUUGGGCCAUGUAUGGACUGACGGCGGCAGCAUCCAAUAGAAAGGCAAGCGUGGCGGAAGAGGGCGGAGCCGGGCAGAUGUGCGUGAAGAAACUGGGACAGCUUUAGUGACAGACCUGGAAUACCUCCUCAAGUGGACUCACGAAGUAUCCGGUACACGCCAAAGAUGUCAUUUGCCAAUGACAAGCUGUAUAACAGCUACCUGAGGAACAACAUGUCGAGCAUUGUGAGCAAGGUCAAAGUGAGAGAGAUCAUCGUCCAUUUGGCUUGCCUGACUGCUCAUGACAGGGAGACUAUUGAGGCCAAGAGGGAUACGUGUGGCAAUUACGACGGCAUGGUUCUUCUUCUGGACUGCCUGAAGAGGAGGGAGAGCUGGCCGGAGCACUUUAUCCAAGCGCUGGAGCUGUGCGAGCACACCAGCAUCGCGGCUGAGGUGCGGGCAGAAUACGACGCUCUGAGAGGUGCCAACAACUCCAACCCCAGCUCUCCUCCACCUGCCGUGGUGAAGGCUCAUGUCCAUUCAGCACCAUCCUCCCCUCACAUCUCUGCGCCCGAGCCCGGUCGUCACAGCCAGGAUGCUGCUGCUCCGCCGUCCCCACCACAAUCCACCCCUAAUGCCACACCACCUCCGGUAGUCAGAGCACAGACUGAAGCUUCUACGAUGUCUCCACCGCCCGAGCCUCCGCGGGCCACCGAAACACCGCCCGUGGUGCCACCUUUCUCACCUGAUAGAGCACGUCCUCAAGAGAGCGCAGAACCAGAGAGGCCAGACCACAAUCUCCAGCAACCAGAGGAAUACUCUGAAUCCGACUUCCAGGGUAUUUUGUGUGCUGAUCCUGAUGGAGUGAGCGCAGGAGAGGUUUCAGUGGGCUGCGUUGCACCUCCUCAGCCCGCCGAAACAGCGGAACAGUGUGACACUGACAGCCCGCCGGGACGCCCCUUCGCCUCGGAUGUGCCCAGCGAGCCUUCUCACACCACACUGACCCCCGAGAGGCUCCCCGUGCAGGACACCACCCCUCCUAUGGACAAGGUUGCUGCUGUUGACCCAGAGCCAGAAGAAAAUUUGAAACCUCCAGCUACACAGAUUGUCACCUGCUGCACACAGACAGGAAGUACAUCCGCAAGCUCCACUCAGCCCACCGGCGAAGACGGAACCAUGUGCCUGAGCGUUCCCCGCCCACUCGUCAGCAUCCAACCACAAGAUAGCAAUGACACCGCACCCACCUCGCCCCCGAUGCCCUACUCGGGCAAUUCAGACCGUCUGGAAAUAAGCGACUCUGCACAGAACACAGAGACAGCCGAACCCGAGGAAAACCACCUGGAAGAAGAGGAGGAUGAGGAGGUCCAGGUGAACGUGGUGCACGUUACCCAGCAGCCGUCUGUCCUCAACCUCGAUGGCCAGUGCAUUGGCAAUGGUGAAGCCUCCAAAGAUGUCGCUUCUUCCGCCAAGGAGCAAGUGAGUACCCCCUCUGGCGAAAAGUGCAUCAACGCCGAUGUGACACCUGCUGACAUCGCCGCCAAGAAACCCGCCCCUCGCAGGCUGAGCACCAACGCAAAGUACAUCAUGACAGCGGCGGGCGUGGGAGCUUGCGCGCUGUUGAUGGCGUGGAAGUUGAAGCAUUAAGGUGGCGAUCAGGUUUGGGAGAGGUUCUUAAAGAAGCGUGCCUUAUUGUUGUGGCUCGUCUCAGAAGAUGUGUCAUUCAUGAGCUAACCCGUCCACUUUGGGCGGUGUUCUCAGGUCAGUCUUACAGGGUGUGUGCAGUAGUUUGUGUAUCGUAUCCGUUAAUAACAAAAAUGUUUCCUAAGCACUUUGUUGAUGAGGCUUGUGGCUGCUUUAGUUCACUAUGUCAAACAUUGCCUCCUAGUAUCCCAUAGAUAUUAUCUUUAUUUAUUUGGACAUAGCUGGAUCCUUGAAAUAGGUACUUUUAAAAACACUCCAAAGUGUAGUUGAAUUAGCAGAAUUGACGAUGCCUACAAAAACGCUUUUUAAAAUACCUUGUAUAGAUGGAAAUCAUGGCACUGUAAUUUGGCUUUUUUGACAAGACGUUGCACAAAACAACUCCUUUACUCCUUUCAUGUCAAAGUGUCAAUGAUUUCUUUGAUGAAAGCAAUAAAAGGCUGAAACAAGAGGGUGAAACAUCCAAGAGGUGUAAGAAAGAACAUCCAAGAGAGGUGCAUACUUUUAUAGGCUUUGCAGUACAUAGCUUUUCUUUUACGACAGACUUUUUUUUUUGUUUAACCUUUUUUAGCUUUACAGUAGAACCUCUUAAGGUCGGAAUGCUGGUCAACGUCCGAUUUGUUCAUAUUACAACAUUUUCACAAAGGGGGUCGUGACAACAUAAAAAAUCUAUUCCAGGGUUCACCUGUCGCCAUCAUGCUACAUUUUUUUUACUGUCAGGCAAUGUAACAAUUUAACGUUCAUUCUUUCAACACAAGUGUAAAAAGAAGUUAACCACUUACAUGCCUAAUGGCAUUUGACUUUAGAGGUUGCACUGUAUCUUUUUAAAGACGGUCACUUUUAGACGUUACUAUGUGAUGACUGUUGCUCAUUCAUGUUUUGAUUUUUAAAAUAGGUUAAACAGAUGUGCACAAAGGAUUUCAUCCAUUCAUGCUUCAUGUCAAAGUCAGCCCAAGGGUGCUCAAGGUGACUUACUGCGGCAAGACUUGCUGAUUACUGGUCAAAAUCUGUUGUAUAAAACAUGUAUGAUUGCUCUCAGAUAACCAAUGUCAUUGUAAAUAUUGCUGUAAAUAGUAUAAUAAA